ACUGCAAAACAGAGAAAUGCCUAAAUCAAAGGAACUUGUUUCCUCAAGCUCAUCGGGCAGUGAUUCUGACAGUGAAGUUGAGAAAAAGUUAAAGAGGAAAAAGCAAGUUGCUCCAGAAAAACCUGUAAAGAAACAAAAGACUGGUGAAACUUCAAGAGUUGUGUCAUCUUCCAAGCAGAGCAACAUGUUUCAGAUCUGGAAAAUGAGGUACGUCAGUGUUCGGGAUUUUAAAGGGAAAGUUCUAAUGGAUAUUAGAGAAUAUUGGAGGGAUUCAGAAGGUGAAACGAAACCAGGAAGAAAAGGUAUUUCUUUAAAUCCUAAGCAAUGGAGCCAGCUGAAGGAACAGAUUUCUGACAUUGAUGAUGCCGUAAGAAAACUAAAAUCUGAGUCAUAUAAAACCUAUAAAAAUGAUAUUAAGGACAUAAGCAAUGUUAUUCUUAAAACUUGA